GAUAGAAUCACCAUCACCAGCGACACCAGUAGUACUCUUUACGUGCAUAUACCACUCAGCUAAUUUCGGUUGCGACGCGCACCAGCCUCCUCGAUAGCUGAUAGCGAUGGACGUCAUCAGUUCCAUCGGGGGCACGCUCUCGCAGCAUCGCCAGGGUGCCAGCGCCGCGACUGCCAGCGGUGCGGGCGGCCACCCGCAACCCAACGACGCGGCGGCGGCAACGACGGAGACAGUUCCCUACAGGCUCGCCUCUGCCUCGUCGUCUGCCUCGGCAAAUGACGUAUCGAGUGCGUUCCAUGAGACGUUCAAGACGACUCUCGCAGAGGCAGACUCCUACCUCAACAUCUUUGAGGCCAGGGUCAAGCUCGAGGAGGAUUAUGUUAAAGGGCUCAAGACGCUCGCAGAUAAGCAGAGGGACGUGGACCUGAAGCUUGACAGUCGCCUUUCUGUUGUCCUCAACCUCGAGCCAGGUGGUGCAGAAUGGCCGGGGGCCAGGCAGGCUUGGAAAGAGCUGCGAGCAAACGACUUGCGAGAGCUCGACACACGCCAGCACUACAUCGAGACGCUGCGCCAGGGUGUCAUUGCCCCGCUGACAGUCUUUCGUGACUCGCAGGAGAGGAUAAGGAAGAGGGUCAAGGAGGACCUCAAGACGAGCAUUGGACGCUACGACGAGAUGCGUAACACGACACUGCCACGGGCAAAGAAGGCCUACGAGAAGCGCUGCGACGAGGUGGAGCAGCUUCGGUUGCAGCAGCAGGCCAUUGAGGACCAGCGCACCCUGCUCAGUCCCCCGUCGAUGGCAAUGGCCAGGGAUGCAUCCGGGACGGGGUCUAGCAGGGCCGGCGAGCCUUCGUCCCCUCUAGGAGACGACGACGAUGACACGGGAAGCCGAUCCGACACGGCUCGCACCUCGCUUGAUGCCUCUUCCAUCGGUGCUUCGUCUGCUCCGCGCAGGUCCAAGUCGACACACAGGAGCAAGCCCCACAAUCGCAACUCGUCGCGGUCCAGCCUCCGGUCGGACGAAGAGCCAACGAGCCCAAGGACGAACCCGUCGCCAAGGAUAGGCGGCGAUGCUGGGCUGUUUGCCAGUUCGCCGACAAAAGAUGGCGAGAAGAGCAAGGGUCCUGGCCACUUUCUGGACGCGCUUCGAUCGAGGGAGAACUGGGAGGCAGCGAGAAAGGAGGCGCCAAAGAAGAUUAACGCGCUCUUGAGCCGGAUGGGAGGGAGCGGCGCGACCAGCAAUGUUUCUCACGAUAGAUCGCCCCCAUCUGGCGCUGUGGAGGGCGGUGCUCUGGGUGUGCACACCGGCGGCGAGGGUGGCAUUGGACUGGGAGGCGUAGUGCUGGGCAACAGCUCCGGAAGCAUGCGAUCGAACCAGAACCUCGCCCUCAAGAGCGUCAAGGCCAAGCGGGAAGCAGAAGAAGCCGACAAGGCAUACCGAAAGAUGAUUUUCGACCUCGAGACGCUGCGGCUGCGCAGGAACAAGACGUUGCGCGCUGCGCUGGCGAGCGUCGUUGAGUGCCGUCGCGAGCUUCAUUUGACGUGCCAGGCCGUCUGGAUGCAGGCUGAGCGAUCAGGCCUCGUCAUGGCCAGCUCCCACAGCAGCCUGCGUACACAUGCCGAAGAGGUGCUCCAGACCUCGCUUGUCCAUCUCGACGACGAGCUCGUCAUGGUCGAGAAGCGGCUGCCUUCGCUCAGCGAGACCCACGACAGCCGGGUUGCCUAUGUCAACUAUCAGUACGGCGAAUGCAAGGACCUCAUCUUCGGCGUCUCGCUCAUCGACUAUGCCUUCACGAGGGCUCAGCAAUCCGCACCCACCCUGGGCGGGCCCACGAAGGUGCAACCGCCGCUGAUUGUGCGCAAGUGCAUCCAGUUCAUCGAGGAGCGUGCUCUCGAUCACCAAGGCAUCUACCGCAUCUCCGCCAAGCACACAGCGAUACAGAACUUGGCACACGCUCUGGAAAAGGACGAAGAGCGAUUCCAGUUCCGGUCCGAGGCCGACGAGCCUGCUACGGUUGCUGGCGUGCUCAAAUUGUACCUCCGCCAGCUGCCCGAGCCCGUCAUGCCUAUCCCGUGGGAGGAGCGCAUCCGACACACGCAGGAGCGCGACGAACAAAUUCAGACGGGCUUUGCUAAUCUGAAGGGCAGGAUCCGAAGGUUGCCCCAGAUCAACCAGGAGACGCUCAAGCUCAUCGUGGGCCACUUGGCAAAGGUAGCGGCGCACUCGGAAAAGAAUAAGAUGAAUGCCAACAAUCUCUCGAUCGUCUUUGGCCCGCUGCUCCUCUCGCAGGCUGAUCACGAGACGACGAGCAUCGCGGCGGCUAUGGAGGAGGAUCGCGUUACGGAGGACUUGAUCCUCUACGCGGCCGACAUCUUCGAUCUCAGCCAUGCAGGCGCACCCGUCCUGCCCAACAUUCGUCCAUCGAUGCCACCGCUUGACUUCGAGGGUGUUACCAAUGGCGUAGAGGAGGCCGACCAUAGCGAUGUGCGCAAAGUAGAAGACACCAGAGAGGCAUCUGAGGGCCUCGAGAAGCCCAACCAGAUCGCGGUCGAGUCUGAAAAAUACCCUAUCAGCGCCACUACCUCGGGCCUGACAACGAAAGAUGCCGCCCAUCAUUCCCAGCCCCUCGCAGCUCCGCUUCCGGUUUCAACAGCCGCAGUUGCUGCGGUUCCCACAGGACCGAUCUCGUCAAGCGCAGAUGUACCCCUUGUCCUCUCGGGGAAUACGGACCUCAAGAGAUCCGAUGCCAUUGGCCGCGGCAACACACUACCCGCUGGAAACGCUUUCUCUUUGAGCGAUCAGCCUCCAAAGAGCGCUGGGAACGGCGCGGAAGUCCCUGCGACGAUCGAACCGCACCCAGUGCUGACGAGUGUCACAAGCGCUGGUCUGCAGGAGGCACAUGCUGAUCCGCCAGCGACUCUGCCGCAAACUGCGCCUGCCGCUGCGAGAGGGCAGAGCGAAGAGACGCAGACGCCGCUGGCAAAGAGCGUCGGCUCGCCAAAGCCAGUUGAGAAGGAGCUGGACGAGGAAGCUGUCCCAACAACGGACCGCCUCGGGACAAGUGGCGAGGACCCGACACCGACAGCAACAAAUACGAAGAGGCUGUUAGAUACCUAAUGUAUCGAUUAGAUCAGGAUGCAUUUCAGUGCUAGACAUGGUCCCGGGCGUGACGCCCUGUGACACCUCUCUAGCACAACAUGGACAUUACAAUACAACAGAUUUUU